AUGAGCCAACACGGUGCUUUGAUUCAUCCAUCGUUUUUUGAAGAUUAUUUUAUUUAUCUAAUGCUAUUAGAAGUGAUCUUAUUUUUUUUCUUGUUGUUAACUCUAUCGAUCUAUUGGCAUUUGCUUACGAGGAAACGGGUUUUCCAUCCAAAUUUGAACCUGAUCCUCCUCGUGCAACCAAUUUUGGUCACCAUUGCCACAUUGAUUCGAUUGCUUCGACACGCUUUGGACCUCAUCGGAUUCCUUGAUGCCAACACUUUUCAAUUGUUUUCGUUUGCUGCUGAAUCGUUUGUUGGCUGUUCCCUUCACAUGACGAUGGGCUAUGCUCUCGAAAGGUUCAUUGCAAUGAGAAAUCUCGAAAGUUACGAACAAAAAUUCCCGACAAAUCGACUAGGCUGGAGGAUUUUGUUUUCUUUGGCUCUAUUCGAAGUGAUCGAAGCGAUUCUCUUUUUUCAAAAAUGGGCUGUUUCAUGGGUUGUCUUCAUUACUUCAUAUUUCAUUCAUUUUAUCGCCAUUGUGUUUUUCAUCAAAUUGUAUUUCGUUUGCAAACAGAAAUAUUUAGCAGUUUAUCAAAAGAGAUAUUGCACAGUGGAGGACAGGUACAGUACUCUGUCAAACUACAAAGCUUCUCGUGUCAUGCUAUUCCUUGCUCCAUACAAAAGUAUUACCUCUAUCUUUGUGAUUGCCAAUUACGAAUACGUGGCUGGUUAUUCCCUCUAUACACAAACAUUUUUCAUCUUUAUUUUCUAUUAUUUAGCUCAUUUUCAGAUCCAAGGUCAAAUGUGGUUAACAAUAUUUUACGAACCAGCUUUGAGGAGUAAAUUUCUGGAGUUAACAAUGUCUAAUAAUAAGAUUAAAACAGAGCAAAGCCUCAAUAAUGCUUUCGGUAAAAAGUUGAAAUAUGAGAAUUAUGAACAAGGCGAUGUUUAUUUUCGACAGUUUACGACGAUGUGGAAA